UAUAAAAAAAUAUAAUACAUAAACAUAAAUUACAAAAACUGUUCGUUUGUAAUAUAUCAACAUCAACAUAAAUUCAUUUUCUGUUUUCUUUUUUUCCCUCAGUUACUCCACCAUUCCAGAUCUGGAUGGCUGGGUCGUAACGGCGAUGGCGAGAGGUGAUGAAUGGCGAUGGCGAUGGCGAUGGACUGAGAAUCAUCUCCGGUGCUCUUUCGUUUUUCGAAUCCAAAAGUCGUUCUUCGUGCGAAGCUAUAUCACCGACGAACUUGAAUGGUCUACACUCCGAGGGGAGAGAGGGCGACUGGGAAAGGUUGCCUUUGGACGAAGAAGGGGGUUGGGGAGGGAAAUUGGUGGUCGGCGUUAUUUUAACCCAAUCCUCUUCCCAGACACAUAAAAGAAAGAAAGGAAAAAAAAAUUUGAGUUUCUUCCACAGCAACUACCAGAAAACUCCCUGUAAAGCAUUCAUCAGAGAGAGAGAGAGAUGGAGAACCAGAUUAAACAUUUCAUCCAUGAACAUCCGUUGAGAAUGGAGAAAGGUAUCAUCGAUGAUUGGCGGUACUUCUGCUUGUUAUGCCACAAAGACAUCGCUUCACCAAUGUAUUCGUGUUGCAAUGAAUUUUGCUUGAGAAAGGCGUACAUGCACAAAUCAUGCGCUCAAUUCCCACAAGUGAUGCUACAUCCCUUUCACCCACACCCUCUCACCCUCCUCAUCAGGCCCCGAAAUGAAUUUGAGAACUUCGACUGCGAUGCCUGUUGGAGGAGUGGUCAGACCCAUAGUAACUACCACUGUUUCGAGUGUGACUUUAACCUCGACAUUUGUUGUGCUUCACUAAUGCCUGCCAAAACCCCAGUCCAGCACAAGAAUCAAUCCCAAAUUCAACAUCAUAUACUACGUCACCCACAUCCCUUGAUUGUCUGCGACAACAACAAGGAUACGAUUUUAUUUAAUUUUACCUGUUCUUUCUGCAAGCUACCCAUCAAUGGAAGUCGAAUCUAUGUUUGCCUUGACUGCAAGUGUUUGUUCGACGAAUCAUGUGCCGAGUGGCCUUCACAGAUCCAACAUCCUUUCCACCGACAACACCCACUCACCCUGCUUGACCAACGUCACAAUACGUUUUCGAGGCAGUGUAGAGCUUGUGGGAAGGUGCUCAAGAAGGGCAUUCUCUUCAAAUGUGAUGAGUGUCGUGUUAGAAAUGACCAAUGUGUGGAUUCGAGUCGGUGCAGCGCUUGUGAGAAGUGGCUGAGGGAGGGCUUUUCCUUCAACUGUUCUGACUGUAAUUUCAGCCUGGACCCAUUGUGCGCUUCGUUGAUACCAUUGCUGUCGUCUACCCAAAAUUCUCAAGGCAGCAGCAGGGAAGAUGAGUUCCAGAUUCAAAAGUUAAGCCACCCCCACCCUUUGAUUCUUUGUGAGAAGAAAAAGGAUUGUCGCAUAUCUUGCGAUGCUUGCCAGCUUCACUUUGAGGAUGAUGAUUCUAUUGUCUACAUCAGUCUUGAAUGCAAGUUUUUGCUGCACAAAUCUUGUGCUGAUUUGCCUUUGCAGGUAAAACGCUCAUUUUGCCACCACCAACACACACUCACCCUGCUCCAAUAUUCACUUGGUCAGUUGUACGAGAAUAUUGGCAAUACAAAUGGAUUCAGCGGUAAAUUUAAGUGCCAUGCGUGUCAAGUAUAUGCUUCAGGCUUUGCCUAUGUAUGUACCAAGUGCGCAAUCUUCUUUGACAUUAGAUGCCCAAUUUCCAAACCCUUCCUCAUCAGCUCUCAACUUCACCACCAGCACCCUCUUGCUUUCUUCGCUGCCAUACCCUAUGUGCUCUAUUGCAACGCUUGCAAGCGGCGAAUCUGCACCUAUUUUUUCCGCUGUGUGGAGUGCGAAUUCAAUCUCCAUGUCAGUUGUGUAACUACAUUGCCACCAACUGUCAAAGAUAAACAUCAUAUACAUCCCCUCACUCUCACCAAUUCUCCCAUCAAAGACCAUCCAGAUGAAAAUGAAUACUCGGAGUUCUACUGCGAUUCUUGUGAGAAAAGAAGGGAGUUAUAUGAUCCUACCUACUAUUGUGAAGAAUGCCACUACGUUGCUCAUGUUCAGUGCCAGCUCUCUGAGAUAUUUCCUAUACUAGAGGAGCAAUUCUUGCCUUGCAAACUUAGUGAGACAAAAUUGGAGAUGCCAGCAAGUGUGUGUGAAGAUGGUACUGGUAUAGGGGCUUGCAAGGAUUUGAUGAUAGAAGAGAUCUUGGGGAAAGAGCGUGACAAGAUGGAGGAUGAAAAGCGUUUUCGCGGACCAUAUAGAGAGGUUUUUUCAGAUGUUUCUACAGACGAUGAAACGGAAGGGGUAAGAACUGCUGAACAAUCUUCUCUCACUGAACUAGAUGAGGUAGAGUGGCUAACUACAAGAUUAAAGGCAACAAAGAAAAGAUUGAAAGAACUAGAGGAGAGGCGUGCUCGGUAUGUUGCAUCUCUACCGCUCAAUUCUGGGGAUAAUGAGUGAAUGUUUAGUGAAGCACUGAUUUGGAAGAGCAACACAUCAGCAAUUAGCAUCAGCCCUGACACACAGAAACACACAGAAAAUCCCCCUAUAUAUAUAAUGCUAUAAUUUUAAGGCAAUAACUUGUUUGGUGUCUCAACUACGUCAGUUAUUUAGUAUAUUUAAAUUAUCUUAUGCUUAAA